ACUGUUUUUAUUUAUCGCGCAGCUGGUUCAGGUUAGGGACUGGUUGCAAAUGUGCUACGCUACUUGUGCAUUGCUAUAUUGAUAUUAUCAAUCGUUCAAUUAUUGUUUGGUGCCUUUUCAUCCUACAAAAGUAACGUCUGACCAUGUGUGACAUCCUGGCGCCGGCAGUCUGACCAUGUGUGACGUCCUGGCACCGGAAGAGGUGUUUGAGGACUGUCUGAGCUCCUCUGAGGAUGAGGAGAUCUACGAGGACUGUCCGACCCCCGAGGACUGCCGCCUCCCGUCCGACGACCGCACCAGCCCAGCGGGGGACUGGACCAGCCCAGCGGGGGACCAGACCAGCCAGGCGGGGGAACGCACCAGCCUGGUCCACAAUCGGACUAGCCCGGUUCAGAAGCAGAGCAGCCCAGCCGAGGACCGAAUCAGCGCGCUUCAGGAACGAAUUAGCUCAGAUGGGGACCGGGUCCGUCCAGCAGAGGACCGGACUAGCCCAGCGGAGGAUCCGAUCAGCCCGGCCCAGGGCCGUACCAGCCCGGCGGAGGACCGUACUAGCUCAGCGGAGGCCCCUAUCAGCUCACCCACGGGUCGAACCAGCCCGGCUGAGGAACGGACUACCCCAGCUGAGGACCGGACUAGUCCCGUGGAGGACCGGCUAAGCCCAUCAGAAGACCUUGCCGGUCCGAGUCAGAAGAGUACCGACUCAGUGGCGGACCGGCUCAGCUCAGUAGAAGAUACUCCUAGUCCCGAUGCCGAUGUUCCUUGCUCAGCAGAAUCUCCUGCGAGUGAGCCUGCGUCCCACUCCAGCGCUGUAGCUAUCUCUGAGGUAGCAACCCCCUCAGGUGAGCCGGCCGCGGCGGCUGACCCGUCUGCGCCCGCUGAGGAGAGCCACCAGUGCCGGAGUGAGCCGGCGCCGCCCGCUGGGAUGGCGCCGGACGGAGUCGGCCGGGACCUGAGUGUCAGCGAGGCGCCCGCCGCGCCGUGGGUGGCCGGCCAGGGCGACUGGGACGAGUCCGAGGGCGACGAGCGGCCGCGCGCCUCUCAGUCCUCUGAGGCGGACUCCUCCGAGUCGGGCUCCACGCCGGAGACAAUGGCGCGCAGCUGGCACGUGCUGGAGAGCUCGGAGCCCGCCGCCGCCGGCUCGCCGCUGGAUGAGGCGGCGCCGCGGCCGGCCGGAGCCGCCCCGGACAUGGCGCAGCUGGCCGACGCCGUGGCCGACUCCCAGUCCCGCCCGGCGUCCGACUCGGAGCGCAGUCCGGACGACUCGGAGCGCAGCCCGGACGGCUCGGAGCGCAGCCCGGACCCGUCGGCCGCCGCUGACGCUCCGGCGGCGGCCGGCGCGGCGGCGCGCGACAGUGACGACGACGGCGAGCUGAUGACUGACCCGGACGCGGUGGACGAGGCGGCGCUCCGUCAGCUGGACGAGUCUCAGACGGAGGAGGAGCGGGAGGAGCGCCGGCAGCGCGCCGCCCUGCUCAAGGCCGACGGUAACCAGCUGUACGCGGCGGCCGCAUACGACGCCGCCCGCGAGCGCUACACGGCCGCGCUGCAGCUGUGUCCGCUGGCGGCCGGCGCCGAGCGCGCCGUCAUGUUCUCCAACCGGGCCGCCUGCCGCGCCCGCGCGGACGACGAGGCCGGCGCGCUGGCCGACUGCUCGCGCGCGCUCGAGCUGGACCCCGGGUACGCGCGGCCGCUGCAGCGGCGCGCCGAGAUCUACGAGCGCACCGAGCGGCUGGACGAGGCGCUGGAAGACUGGAAGCGGCUGCUGGAGCUGCGACCCGACUGCGGCGAGGCGCGCCGCGCCGUCACCCGCCUGCCGCCGCUCAUUGCCGAGAGAAACGAGAAGCUCAAGAGCGAGAUGCUAGGCAAACUGAAGGAGCUGGGCAACAUGUUCAUGCGGCCGUUCGGACUCUCUACGGAUAACUUUCAGAUGGAACAGAACGAGGCCGGCGGCUACUCGGUCAAGUUCAAGCCGACGUGACGCCUGUGUGCGCGCUCGCGAGUGUUUGAACUGCCCGCCACGGUUGGGCUGGGGUCAGGUGUACGGAAUUUGCCGCACAUUUCACUAGAAGAUCGUCAUGGAAUCGCAGGACAUUGCUCGAUGUUUUUACCAGUAGGAUCUCUAUGAUAAUGAAUGUCUUUGUCCGAAUGCCUAGUUGCUUUAAGAUGUUGUUUGUGCGUGUACGUUAUCUGCCAAGAACAACUCCGCUCCACUUUCUAUACUGUUAAAGUAUCUUACAAAAUCAUCGACGUCUCGAGUAUCUGCCAGUUCCCGAUGUGUCCAGUUGAUUCAGAUCUGAUUGUCUGUGCAUUGUGCGGCUGUUUCGGACCCGUCUCCGCUCUGCCGUGGCGGGCCGCUGGCCGGCCCGGCGCCGGGCCGCCUGUCACCCGCUCAGGCGAUAACCAAGGACGAGCAGAGGGCUCGGCCCCGACCGGCGGACCGUAGAGGUAGUGUGAUGACGCGCAGAUUCGUGUCGGGACGGCGGCGAGUGGGCUGGAGGUGGUAGCGCUGCGGCUCGCGGGAGUCUGAUCGGCAGAGGUAGGUUAAUCGGCGGUCAGUUCAGGACGACUGUGGCCUUUGGCGGGCGCGCCGCUGCGGCCUCCAUCGUGCAUGUGACGUGCCUAGAGCAAUGUUUUAGGAAAAUUCGGCGUAUCCGACACAAUCAUAGGUUUUGUUGGCUCGUUGUCUGUAGUUUGUGAUUUGCCAUGCAUAUCUUAUGGAAGUUUGAUAAGUCUUAGGUGACACAGUUCUAGGUCUGGAUAAGUUUAUGAAGGUAUCACCACUGAUGCCGCGCUAGCUGUACUUGCCUAGAUGGGUACGUCGCAAUAUUCGAUAGUACCUGCGCUGGGGUGUUCCGUUAUAAACAACGUUGGCUAGGGCCGCAUAUGUCGGCCGUGAGGCAUGGCCUGGCUUCAGGGUGUGUCGAGUCAAACACAUUUCGCUACGUGGACUGCCCGUUCGACAAAUAAUCGUGUUUAUGGACGGUCGGUACAACACAAUCCUAAUAUAAGUGUACGGGUCCGUACGGCACAGAGUCGGCACGGCCCGUCCGACGACUCGACUCGUAUCUCUAGUGUCUGCUGUACCCGCUUACAGCGAGGCUUUAGUUCUUGUGGUGCUCUGCUUGACGUAACGUUUCCUAUGGUGUGAUUUGGUUAUCCGUGACAUGAACUCGAUAUACAUGAUUGAAGUGAA